UCUCUCUCUCUGUCUGUCUUUCUCCCCCUUUCUCUCCCCCCACCCCGUGUCUCUAGGACCCUCUCCCCUUGUUCCCUCGUUUACACUCUGUGGAUCUACUCCAAUCUCGGGUCCCACAAUGAACAAGGGUUUUGGUUUCAAGAGAAAUCGAUCCCAUGACGCUUGGAACCAACUCCAGCCUUCUCCCACCAUGAGGAGGAAGUCCCUACCACGUGACGUAGAGUACGGCACUUUCCGGCCCACCUACAAGUCUGAGUUCCCCCUCAACGACUCUCUACUGCAGGGCAUAGGACAGGACACCCUGAGUUUUAGUCCCAGCCUCCGCCGCCUCACACCCACCUCCUAUGAGGCUGUCCGCGCCACCACCAGCCCAGGCAAGAAGGGAACCCGAGCCCCAUACAGACAUCGCGACCUCCGGCGCAAGUUCGAGUUCAUUCUACACUCGGAGAUCCAGAAGUCGGUGCACACUACCCCACUAGAGGAGAUAUCGGACAUAGACAGAACGGACGAGAGCUGAACAAGCUUUAGGCAUGUCAAAGUUUUUGAUAGUCUCUCAUGGAGAGCAAAAGUCUGCGAGGGUCCAACCUGUCUGAAACAGAAAUGUCCGAGAUGUUGGGUGAAAGCAGCAAUUCCGAUGCGCGUAACAAGCUCAAACCGAUGGAUGCUCUCAACUGUAGCUGGUUACGACUAAGCAAGGUAGAUGCUG